AUGCCUCCCACAACCUCCCUCCUCCGCACCACAGCCUCCCGCUACGUCCGCUCUUCCCUCGUCCCCAGCAGUCGAGCACUCCUCCCCUCCUUCCAAACCCGCCUCCAAUCCCACGACCACCGCAACCCACCACUCGGCAACCCCCCCGUCGUCGACCGCUCACCGCCCCAUCCUCCAAGCGAAGAAGCAACCGCCCUCAAAGACAACGUCAAAUCCGGCUCCUUCCUCGGCACCACCAAACGCCUGCCUGAAUUCAACCUCAACGAUAAAGUCGUCCUUGUAACCGGCGCAGCGCGGGGGCUCGGGCUCGUCCAAGCAGAAGCAUUGCUCGAGGCCGGAGCUACAGUGUACGCGCUUGAUCGAUUGGAAGAGCCGAGUAAGGAUUUCUAUCGUGUGCAGAAGAAGGCGGCGGAAGAGUUGGGCACGACGCUGCAUUAUCGGCAGAUUGAUGUGAGGGACGUGCCGGGCCUGAAUGAGGUGGUACGGAGUAUUUCAGAGAGCCAGGGGAAACUGGAUGGGUUGAUUGCGGCGGCCGGGAUUCAGCAGGAGACGCCUGCGUUGGAGUACACCGCGAAGGAUGCGAAUACGAUGUUUGAGGUGAAUGUCACCGGCGUGUUCAUGACGGCGCAGGCUGUGGCCAAAGAGAUGAUCCGGUGGGGCCGUGGUGGCAGCAUAGCGAUGAUUGCGUCGAUGAGCGGUACCGUAGCGAACAAGGGCCUCAUCUGCCCCGCCUACAAUGCAAGCAAAGCCGGCGUCAUCCAGCUCGCCCGAAAUCUCGCCUCGGAAUGGGGCACACACGGCAUCCGAGUCAACACAAUCUCGCCGGGCUACAUCGUCACAGCCAUGGUCGAGGAGUUGUUCCAGAAAUAUCCGGAGAGGCGGAGAGAUUGGCCGACGCAGAAUAUGCUGGGACAGCUGAGCGUGCCGCAGCAGUAUAGAGGCGCGGCGGUGUUUUUGAUCAGCGAUGCGAGCAGCUUCAUGACCGCGGCUGAUCUGAGGAUCGAUGGUGGACACUCUGCGUGGUGA